GUACACAGGCAUUAUGGGUAAACGUAUGGCGUUUUGGCGUGUUUUGUGAAAACCUCUGGCAGUAUAUUUGUUUUUUUCAAGAAAUGCCGCGAUCUAAAAAAGUGAAUAUUUAGUUUCUUACAAAAUUGAAAUUAUCUUUUUGGCUUCUUUCACAUCGAUACAGUCAAAGAAAACCAUGGACGAGGAAGAGCUAUCUGGCAGCGAUUUUGAUGAUGACGAGGACCCUGAUAAAAUUGAAGUACCAGGUGGGGGUAAGGAUCUGGCAACAGUCGCAACUCUGGGUGAAAACCGCGAUAUUAAGUUAAAACACGAGAACGAUAUUAAGCAAGAACACAAAAUGGGUGCUAUGGGACCUAUGCUGGCCAAUAACAAAAUGAUGGGAGGUAUGAACAUGAAUAUGCAUCCCAGUGCGUAUGAUAUGAUGAGGCCACCAAUGGGACCCCCUUACGGCGGCCCGGGAAACACCUCGAAUAUGAGUAACUUGGCCGCUAUGGCCUCGAUGUUGAGUAGUCUCACUGGCGGUCCCAUGGCCAACAUGUUUGGGGCGCCUGCCCAAGGUACUGCCGGGGGCUCAUCCCAGUCUGCCUCAGCGGCCGCUUUUAAUGCUGCACAAUUUCUGCAGCAGAUGGAAAUGGCAGCAUUUGGAAUGGCUGGAAACCCAUAUGGAAAUCCUUUUCUCCAGAAUUUAUCUGCCAUGUUAUACAGUGCCGGACCUGUUCCACCCUGGGGUGGCCCGCUUAGCAACAAAGCUGUACAGCAGAUGUGGAUGAAUCAGAUGGAUAAUAAACCUAUGCAUCAUCACCAAGAAGAAGAAGAAGUUGACGACGAAGAACUGGGCGUUGCAGAAACUUACGCGGAUUAUAUGCCUUCAAAAUUAAAAUUAGGCAAAAAACAUCCUGAUCCAGUUGUUGAGACGGCUUCUCUGUCAUCUGUCGCACCCGUAGACGUAUGGUACAAGUUAUCCAUACCAGAAGAAACUAUUAGAACUGGGGCACUAUCCGCCUUACAGCUCGAAAGUAUAACAUAUACUUCCCAAGCGCAUGAACAUAUAUUGCCUGAUGGCAGCAGAGCAGGAUUUCUAAUAGGUGAUGGUGCUGGAGUGGGUAAAGGCAGAACCAUUGCCGGUGUGAUCUUCGAAAACUACCUAAAGGGUCGCAAAAGAGCGAUCUGGGUUUCAGUGUCAAACGACCUGAAAUACGACGCAGAACGCGAUCUUCGUGACAUAGGAGCUGGAAAAAUCGAUGUCCAUCCUUUAAAUAAAUUCAAAUAUGCUAAAAUUUCGUCUGCUACAAACAAUAAUGUGAAAAAAGGAGUGAUUUUCAGUACGUAUUCGGCUCUAAUCGGAGAAAGUAAUUCUGCGGGAGGUAAAUACAAGUCACGAUUAAAGCAGCUGUUGCAAUGGUGCGGCCAGGACUUUGACGGACUUAUUGUUUUUGACGAGUGUCAUCGAGCUAAGAAUUUGUGUCCCGUAGGUUCUUCAAAACCUACUAAAACUGGUUUGACGGUUCUGGAGCUUCAAAACAAGCUCCCCAAAGCCAGAGUUGUCUACGCCUCAGCCACGGGGGCUUCCGAACCACGCAACAUGGCGUACAUGGUUCGGCUGGGUCUCUGGGGCGAGGGAACUCCUUUUAAAGAAUUCGCUGAUUUCAUAUCGGCUGUGGAAAAGAGGGGAGUUGGAGCUAUGGAAAUAGUUGCCAUGGAUAUGAAGCUUAGAGGAAUGUAUAUUGCGCGGCAGUUAAGUUUUCACGGGGUCGCUUUCAAAAUUGAAGAGGUACCACUGUCCAAAGAUUUUGAAAAAGUAUAUGAUGCGAGUGUGAAGCUAUGGGUGGAGGCCAUGCAAAAGUUUCAGGAGGCUGCUGAACUGGUAGAUGCUGAAAAUCGUAUGAGAAAAACAAUGUGGGGACAGUUUUGGUCAGCUCAUCAAAGAUUCUUCAAAUAUUUGUGUAUCGCCGCCAAAGUACCUCACGCAGUCGCAGUAGCUCACGAGGCUAUAAAAAUGGGCAAAUGUGUGGUGAUUGGCUUGCAAAGUACCGGAGAAGCUAGAACGUUGGAACAGUUAGAAAGAGAUGAUGGAGAACUUACUGAUUUUGUAUCAACGGCAAAAGGAGUGUUCCAGACAUUAGUAGAGAAACACUUUCCGGCUCCGGACAGGAAUAGAAUCCAGAAACUGUUAGGUAUAGGAGAUUCUUCAAAGAAAUCCCUCAAUGGCAAUUCUGAAGAAAGCAGUUCUGCCCAAAAAAGAAAACCAAUGAGACAAGCUGCAGCCAGAGCGGUAAAAAGAAACAAGUGGUCGACUUCAGACAGUGACAACAGCGAGAAAAGCGACUCAGAUUUUCAAAUGUCUGAUAAUGAAAGCGAAAUAUCAGAGGAACACAGCGACUCAAACAUGUCCAGUGACUUUAAUCCUUUUAAUUCUGACAGUGACUCAGAUAAUGAUCCUUGGAGCAGGAAUAAGAAAAAAGGGAAGAAACAAAAGAAAUCACCAAAAAAACGACAGUCUACGCAAGACAAACUAUCUCUUAUGCUAACAGAGAAGACCAAUAAAGCAAAAGCUAAUGGCGGAUCGGGCGAUUUCAAGUCAUCAGCUCCCCCCAUGGACGCUAUUGAAAGGGCCUGUUGUAUGAAAGAGGAACUAUUGGUAGCUAUCGAAAAAUUAGGGGACAAACUGCCCCCAAACACUUUGGAUCAACUUAUAGACGAACUCGGCGGUCCUGAAAAUGUUGCCGAAAUGACAGGCAGAAAAGGUAGGGUAGUACAAACAGAAGAUGGCGGUAUUCAAUAUGAGAGUCGAUCAGAGAUCGAUGUGCCAUUGGAAACGCUAAAUUUAACGGAAAAACAAAGGUUCAUGGAUGGAGAAAAAGACGUUGCCAUUAUAUCUGAAGCUGCCUCAAGUGGUAUUUCUUUACAAAGCGAUCGACGAGUUAAAAACCAAAGGAGAAGGGUACACAUAACUCUGGAGCUACCCUGGUCGGCCGACAGAGCUAUUCAACAGUUUGGUAGAACGCAUCGAAGUAACCAAGUCAAUGCUCCCGAGUAUAUCUUUCUUAUAUCCGACUUGGCUGGUGAAAGGCGGUUUGCUUCUAUUGUAGCAAAAAGGUUAGAAAGUUUGGGAGCUUUAACUCACGGUGACAGACGUGCGACGGAAACCAGAGAUCUGAGUCAGUUUAAUAUUGAUAAUAAGUAUGGUAGGACGGCUUUAGAAGCAACAAUGAAGGCCGUAAUGGGUUAUGAAGCUCCUGUAGUGGCUCCACCUAGAGAUUAUAAAGGAGACUUCUUCAAGGAUGUGGCCGGGGCUCUAGUUGGUGUCGGUCUGAUAGUAAAUAGUGAGAGUAUGCCAGGUGUCUUGUCAUUAGAUAAAGAUUAUAAUAAUAUGUCAAAGUUCCUUAACCGUAUCUUAGGUAUGCCUGUCGAGUUACAGAACAGGCUGUUUAAAUAUUUUACCGACACUUUAGCCGCCAUUAUAACGCAAGCAAAGAGAUCAGGCAGAUUUGAUCUAGGAAUAUUGGAUCUGGGCACCGGCGGUGAAGUAGUGAAACGCGUGAAAGUAGUGACAUUCCUUAGGAAACAUGCCACAGGCACUGCACCCACAGAACUGCACACGGUGCACGUAGAAAGAGGCAUGUCUUGGCCGGAGGCACUAGACAAAUUGUCAGAUCUGACGGGAGAAUACGAAGGCUUCUGGGUUUCCCAUCAGGCAAGAAACGCCAAACACACGGCGAUUUUAGCUGUUGCCGUAGACGGUGGCACAACAGGGAGUACCAAGAAAAAGUCCGAGAGCAAGAAAGAGCAAAUGUAUUCGGUCUAUCGGCCGAAUACAGGUCUACAGUUUAGGCAGGAAAGUUUGGCCGAGUUGGAGAAGAAAUACAAAAAGGUUGAAUCUGCGGAUGCCGAAAAAUCCUGGACUGAACAGUAUGAUUCGUCGGUGAAUACUUGUUCACACGCUUACUGGCGCGGGAACUGUCGAAAUGCUAGUAGCGGUCAAGACUGUGAAGUCGGUUUGCGACGAAGAACGUACCAUGUGGUAAGCGGUAGCGUUUUGUCUGUGUGGAGUCGUGUGGAAGGUGUCUUAGCUGCUAAAGGCGGUGCCCAAAAUAAGAUGCAGGUCAUCCGAUUGCGAACCUUGGAGGAUUUGAAAGUAGUGGGUACGGUUAUUCCUAAGAACUGUAUGGAAGCUCUUAUAGAAGCACUCUCAUCUGACGCAGAAAAAGUUGAGGAAAAGACAUUUUAAAAUCGAUAGACUGAGUUAACGAGUAGAGUUUCGGUUUUAAACUUGAUUUUGUAACUAUACAGGGCAACAAAGUAUUUUAAAAGCACAUUCUGCGCUAAACGAGUGACGAAAAUGACUGUAAAGAUGUAGAUUAGAUAAAAAGGAUGCAAUUGGAUAAAAAAAACUGCAUAGUUUUAUUUUUACGGUCUUAUCUGUUUUACAAAGGACAGAACAUAAGUUUUUAGUCCGAACUAGUUGUCUAUUAAUUUAUGGCUGGAUUUGUAACUAGAAAAUGGACUGACUGUGAUAUUUUGUUGAGAAUCAGCGCAUAGUUUAUGCAAUACUGACUCUUAAGCAAAAUAUAAAGAAAGAAAAACACUGUGAACAUACUAGAAAUGUAUUUUAGAUUAUACCAAUGUAAUUUAUACUUAGUAAUAAUAGUUCUUUUUUAAAUUUAUUUCGUUUAGUCUUUAGUUUGUUAUAUUUAUCUUGAUUUGUUGAUAUUUUUUCAGAUAUAAAAGUCAAAAUUUAUUUGGAAAGCAGUAAAUUAUUUUUUCGAAAUAGUCUGUGUUCGAUUCUAUAAUCAUAAGACAUAUUUAUAUUUAGAAGAAAAUGAUUAGGGUUAUACAGAGUGUUGGGGAAAUGCGUGGCCAAAUUUCGGGGUUUGAUUCCUUGUUAAAAAAUAUGAGAAUUGGUUCUUAUAAACAUGGAUACAGAACAGUGUAGUUUUAAAGAUACAGGAUGAAUAAAAGAAACUUUUUUAAAAAAUAUAGUUUUUUUUUGUAAUUAUCUUAAAUACCCUGUAGUUGAUUUUCUGGAAAUUUGUCAAUGUUAUUUUUAGUAAUAAUAGCGUAUUUAUACCUGAUUAAAUUAAAGUUAACUUAAAAAACAACUUAAAACUAUGCAUCUCUUGACCUAUUUUUAUACGAAUUGUUUUCCUUAUUUUUUUCAUGAAGAGUCACACCCCGAAAUUUGGCAGUGCAUUUUUCAAACACUCUGUACAGGGUGAUUCACGGUCAUAGUUCGUUAGACGUUUAUCGAGAAACGGUUAUUUGGAUUUCUACAUAAAGUCGCCUGCUCCAUCUGUCUAAAUUAUUUUCAGCGUUACAGUGUUGCCGCUUUAUACUAAAAGUCUUAGCAUCUUUGUUAUUUUAAAUGGAACAUCCUGUAUAUUCGAAACUACUUUCACAUCUCGUAAUUUUUCUAUUAUAUUAACCUAUACCAAUCUCUAAUAGUUUUCAAGAUAAAAUAUAAAACGUGUAAAAUUGUCAAAACCAUGAUCUUGAACGCAUUGGUUAAAUCAAAAAUUUGGCAUAUUGAAAGCUAAAAUUUGGUUUAUAGGUUAAGAAAAGUCGACAUAUCUCCGAUCUAUCUAAAUCAACCAAUUGGAUAUCAAACAGGGUUUGGUUUGGUUUG